GAAUAAAAUUUACAUUUUGCUAAUGGGAGGAGGAAGGGAGAAGAAACCGCAAGUGGAAAAGGAUAUUACGAAAUAUGGUCUUAAAGCAAAGCGAAGAAGGACAAAUAACCAAAGUUCCAAGGAGAAAAAAGCAGAUUCGGUAAAGAAACAAAAGCUGGAGUCAGGUGUGACAAGGUGGCUUGAGAAAGAAGAGGAGAAUAAUAUCCUAAGAGAGUUUGACCUCAACUGUCAGUUCGGACCUUGUGUUGGCAUUGGAAGACUGACUCGAUGGAAACGUGCACAUUCACUUGGUUUGCAGCCUCCUCUAACUGUCUUGGAAAUUUUAGAGAAGCGUAGUUCAGAAAAAGAUGAAAGUUUAUUUGAAAAAUAUAAGAGUCUCAUAUAAUUAGUUUGCUGAUACAGAAUACUAGAAGAACUUUGUUGACGAGUACAGUAAAGCACACUUUACAAAAAUGAGAAGAGUAAAAUUGGGUUUUUGGGG